GACUCUGCGCUGAAACGAGCGGUGAGGAAGGGCGUGCCGAGCGAUCUGCGAUGCGAGGCGUGGUUCGCGUGCAGCGGCGCGCGCGAGCUGAAAAAGAUGGGACCGAUGGAUUCGUAUUACGAAAAAUUGUUGGUGAUGAAGGUGGAUCAAAAAGUCGUCGACCAAAUCGAGUUGGACUUGGCGAGGACGUUUCCGGCGAACGAAAAGUAUGAGCGGGGCGAGGGGGGACAGCGAGGGAACGAUGUGUUGCGAAGGAUGCUGUACGCGUACGCGAGACAUAAUCGAAAGACGGGGUAUUGUCAGGGAAUGAAUUAUAUCGCGGCGUUUUUAUGGCUCGUCAUGGGCGACGAGGAAAAGGCGUUUUGGACGUUUACCGCUUUGCUCGACGUCGUGCUUCCGAGCGAUGUGCACGCGAGGGACAUCAAGGGGACGAUUUCGCAGUACAAGAUUUUGCAUAAACUACUGCAAUCAAACGUCCCAAAGGUGGCGAGGCAUCUGAAAGAGCUCGACGUCGACCUCGUCAUGAUCGCGAGCAAGUGGUUGUUGUGUCUCUUCGUCGAAUCGUUUCCGGCGACGACGGCGGCGCGCGUCCUCGACUGCCUCACGUACGAGGGCGAAAAGGUGUGGUUCAGAGUCGCGAUCGCGAUGAUGAAAAUGUACGAGCGCGACAUAUUGGAGUGCGAUUCGUUA